GCAGAUUCGUCGCUACCUAUACUGGCGGAGCCGAUACAAAAUGUCACAGUUAGCGUGGGCCGCGACGCUCUCCUCGCCUGCGUCGUCGACAACCUUCAGAAUUAUAAGGUCGCGUGGGUUCGCGUAGAUACUCAGACCAUUAUAUCGAUUCAUCACAAUGUGAUCACACAAAAUCCGCGCAUAUCGCUUUCAUAUACCGAUCAUCGGACCUGGUAUCUCCAUAUAAAACACGUUCAAGAAAUCGAUCGAGGAUGGUACAUGUGCCAGGUUAAUACGGAUCCUAUGAGGAGUCGACAAGGAUACCUUCAGGUUGUCGUGCCGCCGUCUUUCGUUACCAAGGAAACCAGCACAGAUAUGGUGGUACGCGAGGCUUCGAACGUGACGUUGACUUGUAAGGCAAUUGGAUAUCCCGAGCCCUACGUUAUGUGGCAACGAGAAGAUGGACAAAACAUCAACUACAAUGGAGAAAGCGUAAAUGUUGUUAAUGGCGAAGUACUGCAUAUUACAAAAAUCAGCCGACUGCACAUGGGUGCAUACUUAUGCAUCGCAGCUAAUGGAGUUCCUCCAAGGGUUAGUACGAGAGUUCUUCUAAAAGUGCAAUUUCCACCAAUGUUAUCAAUACCAAAUCAAUUAGAGGGAGCUUAUGUCGGACAGGAUGUGACUCUCGAGUGUCAUACGGAAGCUUAUCCAGACUCAAUAAAUUACUGGACUACCGAGCAUGGCGACAUGAUUGUCUCUGGCAAUUACCGUUCGGUUGUAGGCAAUAAAUACGAGGCAAUAAUAACUAAGAAUGGCUACAACCAGUACAUGAAGCUCAAUAUUAGAAAUGUUGGACUAAAGGACUUUGGAUCGUACAAGUGUGUGGCACAAAAUUCUCUAGGUGGUACUGAUGGAGUCAUCAAGCUGGAUGAAAUUCCAGCACCACCAACAAGUACUCAUAUUCCAAGUCAUGUUACUUCUACUGUAAAAAAGAAUGUCAAGAACGGUAACAAAAAACUACACAAUCGACCUAACGACUAUGAAGUAGAAGAAUGGCGAAAUCCAGACUAUAAGCGCGAGUAUGGUAUCCCGUCGAUGAGGCCUGAUGAAGGCAACGAUGACAUCGAUGAUGACUCCGGAGACGAUUUACCAUCAUCUGGCGCUCUCAGUAUUGCUCCGGCCUCCUGUCCCGAAGUUGCUAUCUCUCUUGUAUUUGUACUUUUUUCCCACGUUUUGGUACCAGUUGCCCGUAGGUGAUCGCCUGGGCUCAAGCCAAGAACAGAAUUCACGAGCUUCUUGUUUAUAAGUAUUUUUAGCCAAAUUAGUGAGGCUGAUGAUAUUGUUCAGUGCGCGAAUGCAUUGUCGUCUGAGGGUAAGGAACGAAAAUUUGAAAUCAACUAAUGACAAUGUGUGUGCAAAUUACGUAGUUGAUCACUCGGGUUUGCUCAACGAAACAGUUCUACAUACGUAUAAAUAAUUAUGACAGUUUAACCUUGAGUGAGUAUGAGAGAA